AUGACUACAGAAUUGAGAGAGGCCAUGACCCUGGCCCCUUGGGGACCAGUGACAGUGAAAAAGGAGGAGGAAGAGGAUGAAACCUUCGUGGGUCAGGCAUCCAGCCAACGAGUGCGCUCUGAAAACAUCAAAGUCUGGGCCCCUGGGGAGUGUCCUCAGACAGGCCUUGAUGUAUCAGAACAGGAGGAAAAGGGUCAGAACAUGUUCUGGGACAUGGCUGUGGUCCUGAAACCAACACAGGAGGCGUCUGCUGCAUCAACCCCAGGCAGCUCCUCAUUACCAGAGACUCUGGCCAAGAGCGAGCUACUGGAGACUCAUGGGAACAUGACCUGUCUAGGUGCUGAAACCAAGAACCCACAGUUAUUGGUUCCAAAAACUGAGAUAUGUGAUGAAGCAGAAAAACCUUUCAUUAUAUCAGGAAGAAUCCAGAAAGUUGACUCUCCAGGACCUGAGUUAGGAGAAGGCUGUGAAAAAGGGAACAUGUUAAAAAGGCAGAGAAUAAAGAGGGAAAAGAAAGAUUUCAGACAAUUGACAGUGAAGGACUGUCACAUACCUGAAAACUUCAAAGAAGAGGAAGACCAGAAGUGUCACAAAUCUGAGGAGAGAUACAGCCUUGGUUCUGGCUCUGUUAAAAAUCAGAAAAGCCAGCCUGGGCAGAAACCUUUUACAUGUAGCGUGUGUGGGAAAGGUUUUAGUCAGAGCGCAAACCUUGUAGUGCAUCAGCGAAUCCACACUGGAGAAAAACCCUUCGAAUGUCACGAGUGUGGGAAGGCCUUCAUUCAGAGCGCAAACCUUGUUGUGCAUCAGCGAAUCCACACUGGACAGAAACCGUAUGUUUGUUCAAAGUGUGGGAAAGCCUUCACUCAGAGUUCAAAUCUGACUGUACAUCAAAAAAUCCACUCCUUAGAGAAAACCUUUAAGUGCAGUGAAUGCGAGAAAGCCUUCAGUUACAGCUCACAACUUGCCCGGCACCAGAAAGUCCACAUUACAGAAAAAUGCUAUGAAUGUAACGAGUGUGGGAAAACAUUUACUCGGAGCUCAAACCUCAUUGUCCACCAGAGGAUCCACACCGGGGAGAAGCCCUUUGCCUGUAACGACUGCGGCAAAGCCUUCACCCAGAGCGCAAAUCUUAUCGUGCAUCAGCGAAGCCAUACUGGUGAGAAGCCAUACGAGUGCAAAGAGUGUGGAAAAGCCUUUAGUUGUUUUUCACACCUUAUCGUGCACCAGCGAAUCCAUACCGCGGAGAAACCUUACGACUGCAGUGAGUGCGGGAAGGCCUUCAGUCAGCUCUCUUGCCUUAUCGUGCACCAGAGGAUUCACAGCGGGGACCUUCCAUAUGUGUGUAACGAGUGUGGGAAGGCCUUCACCUGCAGCUCGUACCUGCUGAUUCAUCAGAGGAUCCAUAAUGGGGAGAAGCCGUACACGUGCAGCGAGUGUGGCAAGGCCUUCCGACAGAGGUCGAGCCUCACCGUGCACCAGAGAACCCACACCGGGGAGAAGCCCUACGAGUGCGCCAAGUGCGGCGCAGCUUUCAUCUCCAACUCACACCUCAUGCGCCACCACAGAACCCAUCUCGUUGAGAGCACAUAGAGGACGAGGGAGACCUCCAGGCGCCAGUCAGAACCUCCCGCCCCCGCCCCCCACCCAAGUCAGACACCUCUUGGCUGUUUUCUCCUCCUUGGUGAAAACGAGGCCUGCUCUGUCCUUAAAAGUAACAGUUUUCAGGAGAGCAGCGGAAAACACAAGAGGGGCAUGUCAGAGGCUAAUUUAAAGAAAAUGAAAACAAAGGCCUCAAGGCAAGGAUUUUGUUUUUCACUUGGUGCCCCAAGUGGUCAUGGUGUCUGAAGUGGAAUGUGGCUUUCUUAGAAAUGGAUCAUACAGAGCUCAGUGAUAAAGAUCCCUUUGGGGGAAAGGCAUUUUUCACUUAACUUUGCUUUUGAAAACUCUGGUAAUUUCUUGGGCAGCGGCAGGUUACUGGUAGAGGUCUGCCUGAUGGAAUUCCAGAGCUCUGAACCUUGUAUUCUAAUAUUUUGGGUUAAGCAGCGACUCAUUAAGGAAACCACUUGGGGUAGCAGUUCACCAACAACUCACCUAUGAACAUUUAUAGAUUUUUCCAUUCCCUAGGUAAUUAAAAAAAAAAAACACCCUACUAACCAUCUACUGCUCCUAACAUGGAUGGAAGUAGGAAGCAUUCGUUUCCCUCAUCGUCUGUACCUCGUGAACGUUGGUGUGGUAAAGCUCUGGAGACCUCUGACGAGAGUCUCUUCUGACCGUUUCCCAGCCUGCAUGGCAAAGCACUUGAGGACUGAUGGAGAUAGCCACAGACGUUUCUGGGCUGUGCCCCUUUGCUAAGGUCAACAGCUCUUCCCUUAACUUAACCCCAGUUGCCAUUGCAUUCCGUUUGAGUGAGACACUGCUAGCAGCCCCCUUCCCAGAUAGAGGCAUCAGAGAAUAAAGCUUCCCUGGAGGUAUGCCUGCUUUGUCUCUGCUCUCAUUCUGCUCAGGCCCAAGCAGGGGGCUCAGUUGGGUGUCAUUGUCACUUUCUGGAUGGUCUUUAGAAGAAAUAAUGGAGCCCUUCUAAUUCUGAGAGGAGCCAAGAGGGAAAUGAAAAGAGAGGGAGGAAGCAGAGUGGGAUUCCUAAGGUCUUCAUUUGUUUUUUUUUAGAAGUUCAAAGGUAUUGGAAUAUGCAAACUUUUAGAAGGAUGAAGAAACUGGCUAAGGUAAGAUACCUUUGUUACCAUUGAGCCUUUA